GCCUCCUCAUGGCACACAGGCCCACAGGGGCUGGCCUCCUCAUGGCACACAGGCCCGCAGAGGCUGGCCUCCUCAUGGCACACAGGCCCGCAGGGGCUGGCCUCCUCAUGGCACACAGAUGUCGCAGGGGCUGGCCUCCUCAUGGCACACAGGCCCGCAGGGGCUGGCCUCCUCAUGGCACACAGGCCCGCAGGGGCUGGCCUCCUCAUGGCACACAGGCCCGCAGGGGCUGACCUCCUCAUGGCACACAGAUGUCACAGGGGCUGGCCUCCUCAUGGCACACAGAUGUCACAGGGGCUGGCCUCCUCAUGGCACACAGGCCCGCAGGGGCUGGCCUCCUCAUGGCACACGGCCCGCAGGGGCUGGCCUCCUCAUGGCACACAGAUGUCGCAGGGGCUGGCCUCCUCAUGGCACACAGGCCCGCAGGGGCUGGCCUCCUCAUGGCACACAGAUGUCGCAGGGGCUGGCCUCCUCAUGGCACACAGAUGUCGCAGGGGCUGGCCUCCUCAUGGCACACAGAUGUCGCAGGGGCUGGCCUCCUCAUGGCACACAGAUGUCGCAGGGGCUGGCCUCCUCAUGGCACACAGAUGUCGCAGGGGCUGGCCUCCUCAUGGCACACAGAUGUCGCAGGGGCUGGCCUCCUCAUGGCACACAGAUGUCGCAGGGGCUGGCCUCCUCAUGGCACACAGAUGUCGCAGGGGCUGGCCUCCUCAUGGCACACAGGCCCGCAGGGGCUGGCCUCCUCAUGGCACACAGGGGUCGCAGGGGCUGGCCUCCUCAUGGCACACAGGGGUCGCAGGGGCUGGCCUCCUCACAGGCUUGGCGUGCUGCCGCCAUGGCUGUCAGGGAUCUCCCUGUGGCCAGCUGUCCUCUCCCCAUCAGCACAGUGGGCUCUGCCUGUGACUGUAUCUCUAAGAGCCUUAGUGACUCCGUAUCUCUGAGAGCCAGGCGUGAACCUGGUUUUUCAGAAAGCAAAUGGAAGUUCACCUGGUGGAGGAUGAAGCGUUGUUGUCAUGGGGGUCCCUGCAAAGCAGACCCCAAGACAGAGAUUCUGGUGCAAGUAACUGACGUGUGCAUCACCCCAGAAGUAGUCUCCACUGUGCCACAGCCCCUCCAAGACACCGUAGAGAAGCCCUCAAAACUGUUCCCGACGCACAGCCCCUCCUGGGUGAGGGCCAGGCAUGUCCCAGCAGCUGGGGUCGCAGGCAGCAGGGUGGGUGCAUCUGGAGCCAUCCACAGGUGGCCUCUGGGCUGGGCUGGGACCUAAGUGGACCCCUGCUGAGUGACCCCUCGCCUGAAAGACCUCUUCUCCUUUUGGAAGAGGAGGAGGAGGAGAGAAACUUCGCAUGGGGCCUGGGCCAUGAGCCAGCCCAACUGCAAAGUGGCUGCCCCCGAAGGGGUGGUGUCCAUUUCAUGUGAGAGGGGAAAGGGAAGGCUGGGGAUGGAGUGGGGAGUGUGGCUGCGGGUGCCACAAUGGACCAGCCAGAGGGCUCUCAAUUGUAAGUGGGAAAAGUUCCCAACUCAAACUGGCUUAAACGAAAAAGGGAGUUUUUGGCCAGGCGUGGUGGCUCAUGCCUGUAAUCCCAGCACUUUGGGAGGCCAAGGCAGGUGGAUCAUGAGGUCGGGAGUUUGAGAAUAGCCUGGCCAAUAUGGUGAAAUCCCGUCUCUACUAAAAAUGCAAAAAUUAGCCAGGCGUGAUGGCACGCACCUGUAGUCCCAGCUACUCGGGAGGCUGAGGCAGAAGAAUUGCUUGAACCCAGGAGGUGGAGGCUGCAGGGAGUUUUCUUGGCUCCUGUACUGAAAAUGCUCAGGGCUACGCGGGCUUAGGUAUGAAUGAUCCAGGCGUUAAAAAUGCUGCACUGCUAUUCCCAGCAUUGCCUGUGUUCUCAGAAAGAUUAUCCCCAUCUGGAGGGAAGGUGCCCUGCAGUGCGGCCGACACUCUCGGACUUAGCACCCCUUGCAAGGCACGUGUUCCCAGGAACUCCACCUCCCACUGGCUCGAACUGGGUCACCGAUUGGUGGGGCCUGCCUCGUGGGUCUGUCUUGAAGCCAGAGGCUACAGUCAGCCCCAUGUAACCCCUUGUGGGUCUCCAAAGGAAAACUGGGGUGCCAUUAGGUACAUAUAGCAGUGCCCCCUGCAGCUUUCCAAUGCAGUCUUCCAGCUGGACCUGGGGGCUCCUGUGAGGUCGGGAGGGGUGUUAUGGUGGGAGCAUCUCUGCAACCCUCCAGGUGCCCAAGGCAUGUCAGAAGGGAGGUGGGGGCCGGGAUGAGGGCCAGCUUUGAGACAAGAAGGGAUGGGUGGGUGAGUGGCUGGUCCCCUCUCCCAGCUCACCUGAGCCCUGCUGCCGCAGUGCGCGGCUGGAGGCUGCCUCAUCGAGCUGGCACAGGAGCUCCUGGUCAUCAUGGUGGGCAAGCAGGUCAUCAACAACAUGCAGGAAGCCCUCAUCCCGUGAGUCCUCCACUCCUCCCUGGGUGGCAUCCAAGGACCGAGGGACCCCAGAGCACCUGGCAGUAGCAGCCUCCAGCCCGGCCCUAGCUGGGAGAAGAGGUGAAGGGAAGGCACCUUGCCUGGGGAGGGGGAGGGGGAGUGUGCCCGGCCGUCUGCCCCGGGCUCUGGGCUGCCCGCCCUGCAGCUGCCCUGUGGCUGGCUGAGGUCUUCUGGGUUGUGGUUGUGGGAGACGCUACCCCUGGGACCAGCUUUGGCUGGGGAGGGGGUCUGGGCUCCUGGGCCCAAGGCUGGGGUGUUGGCUCUGUCCGUUCAGAGAUGCUGCGGCUGGGCCAGAGUAUUCCUUGGCAUCCCCAGCCCCCAACGCAGCACAAGAGGGAGGAGGAAAAGGAGGCCCCAGGGUUGAUCCUCAGACACACGUCUGCCUCAGAUGCCCCUGCCAGGGACACCCUGACCACAAGGCUCCCAUAGCCAGAGUCCUUCAAAGAGGCUGCCCAGGGCCUCGCCUCCCGCUCAAGGCCAGACUGACCUGAACGCCCUCCCAGCGCCCCCUGAACACCUGAUCUGCCCCCAGAAGGCAGCUCCCAAAUCAGCACUGACAUUUCUGGGCCACCACAAAUAGCAGUUGGGAGAUGGUGGCCAUGCCACAUCCCGAGAGAUGGCCCUGCCUCUUGGAACUAUUGGUGCUGUGAAACCACAAGACCAUAAGGUGCAGGGUGGAGCUCUGUGCCCGGCAGGAGCAGGGCACGGAUGAGUGACAGUGUGAUAAGGCAACAUGCACACAUGCCCCUGUGUAGGACGAACCCAACACGUGGGCCUCCACAUCUGCUUUCCCUGGGACACCACAGCCGUCCUCGUCCACUCCCUCCCAACCUUGGCAGAGCUCUUGGCACUGCUUUGCAAUUCCGGGAGGAGCCCAUUACCCCUAAAGCCUUACGGAACAAUGCGGGGGGCUGGGCGGGUGGACUGCCCUCCCACAUCUGACCAACAGACACAGACGCUUUCACUGAGUCCGGCCUGCAAAGCUGUUGGCUCUCACUGUGUCCACCCCUCGGCCCCAGACCCCAUCCCUCCCUGCUGCCCUUCAAUUGCAAAGCAACAGGCUUGUCCCGGCCACAUCUCCCCCAGGACUAUAGCAGCCACUGAGACCCGUGUUGGAUCAAAGGCCAUUUUCCUGUAUUCCCGUCCCCAGGAAGCUAAAGGGCUGGUGGCAGAAGUUCUGGCUUCGCUCCAAGAAGAGGAAGGCGGGAGCUUCUGCAGGGGCUAGCCAGGGGCCCUGGGAGGCCGACUAUGAGCUUGUGCCCUGUGAGGGUCUGUUCGACGAGUACCUGGAAAUGGUGCUGCAGUUCGGCUUCGUCACCAUCUUCGUGGCCGCCUGUCCGCUCGCGCCGCUCUUCGCCCUGCUCAACAACUGGGUGGAGAUCCGCUUGGACGCGCGCAAGUUCGUCUGCGAGUACCGGCGCCCGGUGGCCGAGCGCGCCCAGGACAUCGGCAUCUGGUUCCACAUCCUGGCGGGCCUCACGCACCUGGCGGUCAUCAGCAACGCCUUCCUCCUGGCCUUCUCGUCCGACUUCCUGCCGCGCGCCUACUACCGGUGGACCCGCGCCCACGACCUGCGCGGCUUCCUCAACUUCACGCUGGCGCGAGCCCCGUCCUCCUUCGCCGCCGCGCACAACCGCACGUGCAGGUAUCGGGCUUUCCGGGAUGACGAUGGACAUUAUUCCCAGACCUACUGGAAUCUUCUUGCCAUCCGCCUGGCCUUCGUCAUUGUGUUUGAGCAUGUGGUUUUCUCCGUUGGCCGCCUCCUGGACCUCCUGGUGCCUGACAUCCCAGAGUCUGUGGAGAUCAAAGUGAAGCGGGAGUACUACCUGGCUAAGCAGGCACUGGCUGAGAAUGAGGUUCUUUUUGGAACGAACGGAACAAAGGAUGAGCAGCCCCAGGGCUCAGAGCUCAGCUCCCACUGGACACCCUUCACGGUUCCCAAGGCCAGCCAGCUGCAGCAGUGACGCCUGGAAGGACAUCUGGUGGUCCUUAGGGGAGUGGCCCCUCCUGAGCCCUGCAAGCAGCGUCCUUUUCCUCUUCCCUCAGGCAGCGGUUGUGUGAACCGCUGGCUGCUGUUGUGCCUCAUCUCUGGGCACAUUGCCUGCUUCCCCCCAGCGCCGGCUUCCCUCCUCAGAGCGCCUGUCACUCCAUCCCCGGCAGGGAGGGACCGUCAGCUCACAAGGCCCUCUUUGUUUCCUGCUCCCAGACAUAAGCCCAAGGGGCCCCUGCACCCAAGGGACCCUGUCCCUCAGUGGCCUCCCCAGGCCCCUGGACACGACAGUUCUCCUCAGGCAGGUGGGCUUUGUGGUCCUUGCCGCCCCUGGCCACAUCACCCUCUCCUCUUACACCUGGUGACCUUCGAAUGUUGCAGAGCGCAGGGCCGUUCUCCCUCGUGUCCUCUGGACCCACCCGCCUCUUCCUGCCCUGUCCGCGCAGGGACAUCACCCACAUGCCCCAGCUCUCGGACCCUGCAGCUCUGUGUCCCAGGCCACAGCAAAGGUCUGUUCAGCCCCUCUCUCCAUUCCCAGUUAUCUGGGUCCUCUGGAUUCUUCUGUUUCUUGAAUCAGGCUCUGCUUUCCCCCUAGCCACUACAGGCAGCCUCUGACAGUGCCGCUUUACUUGCAUUCUGCAGCAAUUACAUGUGUCCUUUUGAUCCUUGCCCAACUUCCCUCCCUCUCCCAGCUCCUGGCCCCUGGCCCAGGGCCCCUCUUGCUGUUUUUACCUCUGUUCCUUGGGGCCUAGUACCCAGCAAGCACCCAAAUGGGGGAGGUUUUGGGAUGAGAGGAGGAAACGUGUAUACCUGUAACAUCUGGUGGCUCUUCCCCCAGAAGUUUGUGUUCAUACAUAAUUGUUUUCCACGCUGGAUCAUAAUGUGACGUGCAGUUCUGCCCAGUGCUGGGGAGCCACAUGAAGCUGCCCCUGGCUAACUUGCUACCCCGCAGCAAUCCCAGUGUGGCCGUCUGCUUGCUAAAAAAUGGAUCUGUGCUCA